CUGUGUGGCACUGUAUUAUUGCAAAUGAGCUGUUGAAAAAGCCUUUUUCAGGAAUCAUGGAUGCUGUGUUUUUUGGGCUUGUCAUAUUACAAGUUUUGACAUCUGUUCUGUCCUAUCCAAGUGGGGCACCAACUUCUGCUUGUGUGGAUAUGAUGCCCAGGCAUGGAGGAGUACAGCCCAAGCCAAACCCUGCUCCAUACACCAUCCAUCCAAGCAGCACAACUUUUCAGACUGGCAAACCUAUUACAGUUGUAAUCAAAGGUCCAGACUAUAGUGGUGUUCUCCUUGAGGCUCGCUCUGGAUCCGACUCAAAAGCAAUAGGAACCUGGCAGACACCUCCAACUAACACAAAGUUCUUAGCGUGUUCAGGAAACCAGCAAGGUGCAAUCACCCAUGCCAACACCAACAUAAAAAACAACUCCACUGUAUAUACCUGGAUUCCACCAGCUACAGCUAAAAAUGUGAUCUUCAAGGCCACAGUAGCCCAGCAACGCACUGUGUUCUGGGUAGAUGUGAUGUCUUCAACUUUGACUUCCAGUAAAGGAGGAACAUCACUUGAUGUAUAUAGUAGUGCCGAAAGGAUUGCCACCCCAAGGAUUGUAACCCUGUUACUUUUUGUCUUUUUGUCAUUUUGUUCAAUACAUGGUUGCUUUAUAAUGAUCCAAUACUGAUUAAGUUGUACUAGCUCAGUUACUCUAUAUAAAAUAUUUAACCAAUAAUAUACAUUAAGACAUAGUUUUAUUUGCCUCACUAAAUAAAAAUAAAUAAUGUAAUGCACAAAAAUGUUUUAUUGU